GGCUUAGAGAGCAUAACAGUUUUGUCAACAUGGCCAAUCCUAAUUGGCCAUCUCUACUUAUGUUGGUCUUGGCUUUGUAUACCAUCGUUGCUACUUCAAGUGCACAAUAUUCUCCACCAUCACCACCACCAUAUGUCUAUAAUUCUCCUCCGUUUCCACCAUAUGUUUACAAAUCUCCUCCACCACCUCCAUAUGUCUAUAGCACUCCACCACCACCUCCUUACGUGUAUAGUUCUCCACCACCCCCACCAUAUGUAUACAAGUCUCCUCCACCACCUCCUUACGUCUACAGUUCUCCACCACCACCACCAUAUGUAUACAAGUCUCCUCCACCACCUCCAUAUGUCUCUCCACCACCACCACCACCAUAUAUAUACAAGUCUCCUCCACCACCUCCAUACGUCUAUAGCUCUCCACCACCACCACCAUAUGUUUACAGCUCUCCACCACCACCUCCUUAUGUGUAUAGCUCUCCACCACCACCACCAUAUGUCUACAAGUCUCCUCCACCACCUCCUUACGUCUAUAGCUCUCCACCACCACCACCAUAUGUCUACAAGUCUCCUCCACCACCUCCAUACGUCUAUAGCUCUCCACCACCACCACCAUAUGUAUACAAGUCUCCUCCACCACCUCCAUAUGUCUAUACCUCUCCGCCACCUCCACCUUAUGUUUACAAGUCUCCUCCACCUCCUCCAUAUGUCUAUAGCUCUCCACCACCGCCACCAUAUGUCUACAAGUCUCCUCCACCACCUCCUUACGUCUAUAGCUCUCCACCACCCCCACCAUAUGUCUACAAGUCUCCUCCACCACCUCCAUACGUCUAUAGCUCUCCACCACCACCACCACCACCACCACCGUAUGUGUACAAGUCUCCUCCACCACCUCCAUAUUUAUAUAGCUCUCCACCACCUCCUCCAUAUGUUUACAAGUCUCCUCCACCACCUCCUUACGUCUACAGCUCCCCACCGCCUCCUCCAUAUAUUUACAAGUCUCCUCCACCACCACCUUACGUAUACAGUUCUCCUCCACCACCAUCUUACAUCUACAACUCUCCCCCACCUCCAAGCUAUAGUUAUAGCUAUAGCUCACCCCCUCCACCGAUAUACUAACCAUAUAUACAUGAUGAAGUGAGUUUCAACAGAAGCUUUUACAUAAUAAGUUACGACCAUGGUAUCCACGCUUUUAAAAUAUUUCACUUUCGAGUCCUCAAUGUAGACGAAAUUAAUUUCGUUUGUACUUAUACUUUGUGCAUUUCGACUUUGGGUUGUUGCUUUUGAUGUUUGUUAUGCAUGCCUACUAAAAGGCCAGUGUAUUGUCUUAAUUUAUAACUAUUGAAUAA